AGAGAUACUGACUGACUGGUAAAGAGGCCGGGGAAGACAAAGCCAAGAACAGCCAGCUUUUCACAGGGAUGCUAAUCGGCAAGGAGCUGAUGAAGUUUCAGAUAGACUGUGGAGCUAGCUGUAAUGUCAUCCCUGUGAAUCUAUUGAGCCCUGAAACUCGGCUGGAGAGCACUAAGACAGUGCUGGUAAUGUACAACAAGACCAGGCUGCAUCCACUAGGCAAAUGCAAGGUGAAGGUGAGAAACCCAAGGAACCAAAAACAGUACCGCCUGGAGUUUGAGGUGGUGAAUGAGGACUGUAGACUACCACUGUUGGGAAAGAAGGCAAGCGAAGCCAUGAAACUCAUUAAAGUACAGUAUGAGAACAUACUAGCUAUUGACAGUAUUGUCACUGAAGUGAAAUCAGCCCACGGUGGUCUACACAUGCAACAAAUACAGAAGGAGUACAGUGAUGUGUUCACAGGUGACGGCUGCCUGGAAGGAGAGUACAAGAUCGAGAUCGACGAGAGGGUGGAGCCGGUGAAACUCCCCAAACGACGAGUCCCGGUUGCCAUGAUGACUCCUCUCAAGUUAGAGCUGCAGGAUCUACAAAGGAGAGAGAUCAUCACACCUGUGGAGAAAAGCACAGACUGGAUAAGUAGUCUUGUCACAGUGCAGAAACCUAAUGGCAAGCCAAGAAUAUGUAUUGAUCCAAGACCACUGAACAAGGCUCUAAAGCGGAGCCAUUUCCCACUUCCUACCAUUGAUGACAUCCUUCCAGACCUGUCGAGAGCGAAGGUGUUCACAGUCUGUGAUGUCAAACAUGGCUUUUGGCAUGUGAAAUUGGAGGAGUCAAGCUAUCUAACAACAUUUGCUACACCGUUUGGCAGAUUUAGGUGGCUCAAGAUGCCGAUGGGAAUCAGCCCAGCACCUGAGAUUUUCCAGCGGAUGCUGAAUCAAGCACUGGAGGGUCUGCCAGGCAUCUACAUCAUAGCUGAUGACGUAUUGAUCACAGGAGAAGAUGACACACAAGAAAUGGCCUUCAAAGACCAUGAUGAUACAUUGAGACAGUUUCUAAGCAAAUGCAGAGAAAAGAAUAUUAAACUGAAUGCAGAGAAAUUCAGGUUGAGGCAGCAGGAGGUGCCAUAUAUUGGACACCUGCUGACAGCAGAUGGACUGAAAAUUGACCCCGAGAAGAUCAGGGCAGUGAGAGACAUGCCAAGACCAACUGACGUGAAGGGUGUACAGAGACUGAUGGGCAUGGUAAAUGAUCUCUCUAAAUUCUACAAACACCUGUCCGAUGACUGUGAGAUUGUGAGACAGCUCACACACAAGGAAAAUAUGUGGGAAUGGACAGGAAUGCACGAAGAAGCAUUCAGCAGGCUCAAGGACAAUAUAGCCAAAACACCAGUACUGAAGUACUAUGACCCACAAGAGGACCUGACAUUGCAGUGUGAUGCUUCAGCACUGACUCAAAAAGGGAAACCUUAUUCGUCCCAAGAGUUCCAGCGUUUCAGUCGGCCGUGGGAGUUCGAGCACAAAACGUCGUCUCCUGGAUACCCACAGAGCAACGGGAAGGCCGAGUCUGCUGUGAAAACUGCAAAACGACUGAUGCUGAAAGCUAAGGCGGCGGGACAGGAGCCGUACCUGGCUAUGUUGGAUCACCGCAACACACCUACUCAAGGACUGACUACAAGCCCGGCUCAGGGACUGCUUAGCAGGAGGACCAGAACUCUACUACCUACUUGGGACAGUCUCCUACAACCCGAGGUGAAACAGACAACACAAGAGCAGAUUGACAGGCAGGAGAAGCAAGCCACAUACUACAACAGGACAGCUAAGGACAUGGACAUGCUCAAACAGGGAGACCGGGUUAGAGUUCAGCCUUACGAACCACACACGAUCUGGAGGACGGCUACUGUGGUGGAGCCUGUUGACACAGGUCCUACACGGUGCAGCUGGAGAAUGGAGGUGUUCUAA